CCAGAACCCACAAAUCACCGGGACAACACCCAAAAACAAACUCUCGGCAAGGAGAAAGCAGCUCUCGUCAUGCUCGCCCGUAACAAAGAACUCGGCGACGCCCUCCACUCGAUCCGUGCCGUCGAAGACCGCUUCAACCGCAAUUACCACUACCCAUGGGUUUUCAUGAACGACGAGCCCUUCACCGAGGAGUUCAUGGAACUCACUUCAGGGUUGGCAAGCGGUCCAGUUGAGUACGCUCAGAUUCCCAAGGAACACUGGAGCGUCCCUGACUGGCUCGACGUUCCGAAAGCUCAGAAGAGCAUGGAGGACAUGGUGGCCAAAGGUAUCAUCUACGGCGGCUCCGUUAGUUACAGACACAUGUGUCGCUUCAACUCGGCAUUUUUCUUCAGGCAGGAAGUAUUGGCAAAGUAUGACUGGUACUGGCGCGUCGAGCCCAGUGUCGACUUCUACUGUGAUAUCGAUUACGACCCAUUUGCGUUCAUGCGAGAGAACAAGAAGACGUAUGGAUUUGUUAUGUCGUUGUAUGAGUAUGAAGCGACGAUUCCAACGUUAUGGAAGGCAACGGCAGACUUCAUCAAGGACCAUCCAGACUACCUCGCUAGCAACAAUUCUCUCGACUUCCUGAUCGACGGGCAAGCACCCUCUGCUGAAGGCGACAAGUCAAUCCCAGAGAAGGGCUACAACCUCUGUCACUUCUGGUCCAACUUCGAGAUCGCGGACCUCAACUUUUGGAGAUCAAAGACGUACUUGGACUACGUCGAUCAUCUUGACAGUCUCGGCGGUUUCUUCUAUGAAAGAUGGGGAGACGCGCCGGUGCAUAGUCUGGCUGUCAGUUUGUUCUUGCCGAAAGACAAGGUCCAUCACUUCAAUGAUAUCUCGUACAGACAUGCUCCAUAUACCCGCUGCCCGCAGGACGAGGAGAGUUAUGCCAAUGGCAGGUGUGUCUGCCCCAUUCCCAAGACGCAGAACUUUGACACGGACGGUUACUCGUGUCUACCGAAAUGG